AUGAUUAUUCACUGGCUAUUUCUAAUAUUCAUUGUUUCGUAUGCAUAUGCCAAACCGACUAAUACAACAAAUGAUCAUUGGCGGCGAUCAGUGAUUCCGUCAGUGUUAUCGGGUCGAUCAGCUAUUUCGAUAGUUGAGGAAGAUAAACGAUGCUUUGCGUGUCCGAAUAUACCUGACAUAGGCAUCAAUAGUCGAUGUAUUGUUCCUUGCCAUUAUAAUCAACGAUGUUAUUUACGAGCUUUACAUGCUAAUGCAACGCUUACUGAUCGACGUUGUACCGAUGAGCAAUGGGUACGUGAUUUGCUCGUCGAUGGUUGUCUUACAUAUAAUGGUCAAUAUUGGUGUAUGUGUUCUACUGAUCUAUGUAAUUCCGGUGAUUUUACAUCUAUUCGUGGAUAUGAUGAUUGUUCAAAUGAUCCAUGUCCUUCGGGAACGAUCUGUCUUGAUACAAAAGAUGGGUUCAGUUGCAUAUGCCCACCAUGGCAAGAUGAUUGCACUUAUGCAUCAAAUAUUGGCUGUUCUUGUAAAAACGGUGGUCGAUGUCUUAUGGGCCUUGGAACAUAUGUUUGCGAAUGUCCGUAUGGCUACAAUGGAUUAAGUUGCGAAACAAGAGAUAUUUGUAUACCAAAUCCAUGCAUGAACGGUGGUACAUGUCAGUCACAAGGUCUACUCAGUUUUACCUGCCAAUGUCGACCUGGCUUCCAAGGACUUACUUGUCAGAUAUGUGAUGCAUGCAUCCCCAAUCCGUGUCAAAAUGGUGGAUCAUGUAUUUUCGAUGAACCAACUGGCUCUUUUCUAUGCUCAUGUCCGCCUGGAUACACAGGUCGUACUUGUGACAUUAGUAGUUCAAUAACACAGAUUCCGCCUUCAAAUCCUUGUUCGCCGAAUCCUUGCCAAAAUGGAGGAACAUGUCAACCAAAUGGUGCUGGAAGUUUUACAUGCCAAUGCCCCGUUGGAUUUCAAGGAUAUUGCUGUGAAUCACGUGUCGAUCCUUGUACACCGAAUCCUUGUCAAAACAACGGUCUUUGUACGGCAAGUGGAACUUCCUUUCUCUGUUCAUGUUUAACUGGUUUCACUGGACAACGUUGCGAAACACGUGAUCCCUGUGCACAAAAUCCGUGUUUGAAUGGUGGUCAGUGCAUAUCGAAUGGAUUCGGUGGAUCUAGUUGCCAAUGUCUGCCAGGAUACACUGGACAACGCUGUGAAGAUCGUGCUGAUCCAUGUGCAAGCCAACCAUGUCGAAAUGGUGCCACGUGCCGACCUGUGAACGGUAAUUCAUACCAAUGCAUCUGCCCACCUGGUUACUCAGGUGCUGACUGUUCAAUACGUGAUCCUUGUGCAGAGAAUCCUUGUUUGAAUGGUGGUCAGUGCAUAUCAAAUGGAUACGGUGGAUUUAGUUGCCAAUGUCCGCCGGGAUACAGUGGCCCACGUUGUGAAGAUCGUGAUCCUUGCGCUUCUCAACCUUGCAUGAAUCAAGGUACAUGCACGCCACAAAACGGUGGAUACAGAUGUGUGUGUCCACCAGGCUUCACUGGAAUGAGAUGCGAAAUCCGAGAUGCAUGUCAAAGUAAUCCUUGCACGAACGGUGGAACUUGCUUUCCAAUCAACGGAAAUGGUGGAUAUCAAUGUGUCUGCCCAGCAGGAUAUAGUGGGCCACGGUGUGAAACACGAGACGCUUGUAUGCCAAAUCCAUGUCUGAAUGGCGGGCAAUGCGUAUCAAAUGGGUUCGGUGGAUUUAGUUGCCAAUGUCCGCCAGGAUACACUGGAGAACGUUGUACAGAUCGUGAUCCUUGCGCUUCUCAACCUUGCAUGAAUCAAGGCACAUGCACGGCACAAAAUGGUGGAUACAGAUGUGUGUGUCCACCAGGCUUCACUGGAAUGAGAUGCGAAAUCCGAGAUGCAUGUCAAAGUAAUCCUUGUAUGAAUGGUGGAACAUGCCGCCCAAUCAAUGGAAAUGGUGGAUACCAAUGUGUCUGUCCAACAGGAUAUAGUGGACCGCGCUGUGAAACAAGAGAUGCUUGUACUCCAAAUCCAUGUUUGAAUGGUGGCAGUUGUAUAUCGAACGGAUUGGGUGGAUUUAGUUGCCAAUGUUCGCCGGGAUACAGUGGUCCACGUUGUGAAGAUCGUGAUCCUUGCGCUUCUCAACCUUGCAUGAAUCAAGGUACAUGCACGCCACAAAACGGUGGAUACAGAUGUGUGUGUCCACCAGGGUUCACCGGAACGAGAUGUGAAAUCCGAGAUGCAUGUCAAAGUAAUCCUUGCAUGAACGGUGGCACUUGCCGUCCUAUCAACGGGAACGGUGGAUAUCAAUGUGUCUGCCCAGCAGGAUUCAGUGGACCACGAUGUGAAAAUAGAGAUCCAUGUGCUCAAAAUCCGUGUCUUAACGGUGGUCAAUGUAUUCCGAACGGAUUAGGAGGUUUUACGUGUCAGUGUCCACCUGGAUACAGUGGUCAGCGCUGCGAAGAUUCGAAUCCUUGUGCGAAUAAUCCUUGCGGUAGUAAUGGGCAAUGCAUACAAAGCAAUGGUGGAUUUUACUGUGAAUGCAAUUUGGGCUUCUAUGGUAAUCGCUGUGAACGUCGAGUAUGCGAGCCGAAUCCUUGCACAAAUGGCGGUACGUGUGAAGCCCGUCCAAAUGGCGUCUUCCACUGUACAUGCCCACCAGAGUUUCAAGGUCAACGAUGCGAAUUUCGCAAAGUUUGUGAACCGAAUCCAUGUGUAAAUGGGGGCACAUGUAGUCCGUACGGUCUUGAUACAUAUUCAUGCAAUUGUCCAUUUGGCUACACGGGUCGAAACUGUGAAACUCGUAAUCCAUGCAUUCCAAAUCCAUGUCAAAAUAGUGGCCGCUGUCAGCCCAAUGUGGCCGCAGGUACUUAUACUUGCAGCUGUCCGGCAGGCACUUCUGGCCCCAAUUGUGAAAUACGGGAUGCUUGCGGAAGUAACCCAUGCCAAAAUGGUGGCACAUGCCGUCCUGUGAAUGGCAAUAGUUAUCAAUGCAUUUGUCCAACAGGCAUUUCAGGAACCAAUUGCGAGAUCCGUGAUCCCUGUGCACAAAAUCCGUGUUUGAACGGCGGCCAAUGUGCAUCGAAUGGUUUGGGCGGUUUUACUUGCCAAUGUCUGCCAGGAUACACUGGACAACGCUGUGAAGAUCGUGCUGAUCCAUGUGCAAGCCAACCAUGUCGAAAUGGUGCCACGUGCCGACCUGUGAACGGUAAUUCAUAUCAAUGCAUCUGCCCACCUGGUUACUCAGGUGCUGACUGUUCAAUACGUGAUCCUUGUGCAGAGAAUCCUUGUUUGAAUGGUGGUCAGUGCAUAUCGAACGGAUUCGGUGGAUUUAGUUGCCAAUGUCCGCCGGGAUACACUGGACAACGUUGUACAGAUCGUGCUGAUCCAUGUGCAAGCCAACCAUGUCGAAAUGGUGCCACGUGCCGACCUGUCAACGGAAAUUCAUACCAAUGCAUCUGCCCACCUGGUUACUCAGGUGCUGACUGCUCAAUACGUGAUGCGUGUGCCGACAACCCAUGUUUGAACGGUGGCACUUGUAUAUCGAAUGGAUUUGGCGGAUUUGUUUGUCAGUGUCCACCCGGAUAUAGUGGUCCACGUUGUGAAGAUCGUGAUCCUUGCGCUUCUCAACCUUGCAUGAAUCAAGGCACAUGCACGGCACAAAAUGGUGGAUACAGAUGUGUGUGUCCACCAGGCUUCACUGGAAUGAGAUGCGAAAUCCGAGAUGCAUGUCAAAGUAAUCCUUGUAUGAAUGGUGGAACAUGCCGCCCAAUCAAUGGAAAUGGUGGAUACCAAUGUGUCUGUCCAACAGGAUAUAGUGGACCGCGCUGUGAAACAAGAGAUGCUUGUACUCCAAAUCCAUGUUUGAAUGGUGGCAGUUGUAUAUCGAAUGGAUUCGGUGGAUUUAGCUGCCAAUGUCCGCUGGGAUACACUGGACAACGUUGUGAAGAUCAAAAUGGUUGUGCUAGUCAGCCAUGUAAAAAUAAUGGUGUGUGCGUCAGUUCAGCUGGUGGUGGAUAUACCUGCCAGUGUGCGACAGGUUUCCAAGGACAAAAUUGUGAACAAGUUGAUAUCUGUGGCGUAAAAAAUCCUUGCAUCUGCGGUACAUGCCAAAACGAUGCAUCCAGUUCGCAAGGCUUCCGCUGCUUCUGUCCACCCGGAUAUUCGGGCAAUCGGUGUGAAAAAUUACUUAGCUGUCUAGAUAAUGGAGAAGAAUGUAUCAAUGGUGGUGAAUGUAUACAACGGCCAUUGGGUGAUCAUGUCUGUUCGUGCCCAUAUCCCUAUUGUGGCCUUCGUUGUCAAUACCAACGACCUUUUUGUGAUGGUUCAUCAAUAGGUGCUACAUCAGUUGCAACAACAACAUUAAAUCCAACAUGCUCAUCCAGUCUUUGUAAUAAUCGUGGUGUAUGUCAAACGCUUGCCUAUGGUACAGGUAUUCGUUGCUUCUGUUCACGAGGAUGGUCUGGCUCACGAUGUCAAUACGCAACGCGUGCAACCAAUGAACGCAGUCAAAAUCUAAUACAAAGCAACCGAACAAUGCUAACCAGUACAAAAGCGUCUGUUAAGCAAUAA